CAUGCUUUCCCAGAAGUUCUGAUUGGUCUAUGAUCAUUUUAUAAAGCAGUAUAAGAAGUACCCAAGUCAGAAAAGUUUUCCAUUGAGAUCCAAGCUUCUCCUCCCCUGCCUGUAACUAUGAAAAUGAAGCUCUGGGCCUCUUUCCUAAUCGUGGGCUUUGCCUUCAUACUAGUGAAUGCAGAAUCCCAUGCUGAGAAUGCUGAGUGCGACCAUGGAAAUGCUGAGUGUGGAGAUUCCAGCCAUGAUGAAAAGAGAGCUUCUGAGCAUGCAGAACGCAUCACUGGAAAUGCUGAGCGAGGAGCUUCUGGACAUGCUGAGAGGGGAUCUUCUGGUCAUGCUGAGAGGGGAGCCUCUGACCAUGCUGAGAGGGGAGCUUCUGGCCAUGCUGAGCGCAUAAUUAGAAGUGCUGAGAGGGGAGCCUCUGACCAUGCUGAGAGGGGAGCUUCUGGACAUGCUGAGAGGGGAGCCUCUGACCAUGGUGAAAGGGGAGCCUCUGGUCAUGCUGAGCGCAUAAUUAGGAGUGCAGAGAGAGGAGGCUCUGGCCAUGCUGAAAGGGGAACUUCUGGUCAUGCUGAAAGGGGAGCCUCCGGUCAUGCUGAGAGGAAAUCUUCUGGCCAUGCUGAGCGCAUAAUUAGGAGUGCUGAGAGAGGAGUCUCUGGCCAUGCUGAAAGGGGAGCCUCUGGUCAUGCUGAGAGGGGAUCUUCUGGCCAUGCUGAGCGCAUAAUUAGGAGUACUGAGAGGGGAGCCUCUGACCAUGCUGAGAGGGGAUCUUCUGGUCAUGCUGAGAGGGGAUCUUCUGGCCAUGCUGAGCGCAUAAUUAGGAGUGCUUAGAGGGGAGCCUCUGACCAUGCUGAGAGGGGAUCUUCUGGUCAUGCUGAAAGGGGAUCUUCUGGUCAUGCUGAGAGGGGAUCUUUUGGCCAUGCUGAGCGCAUAAUUAGGAGUGCUGAGAGGGGAGCUUCUGGCCAUACUGAGAGGGGAGCCUCUGACCAUGCUGAGAGGGGAUCUUCUGGCCAUGCUUAACACAUGCUGUCUUAAGUUUAAUAUGCAAGCUCUGGUUACACAUACAGCUCUAUAUCAAAUUAUAUUCUGUUACCUAAUAAAAAAGUAGUGGCA